AAUAGCGGAAUAGAAAUGCUGACCUUCCUGCAGACAGUGUUGCUUCCGCUCCUCAGCCUUUACUUGUGUGGAAUCAAAGUUCUCAUCUAUCAGACGUUCAACAGAUCUUUUACGCUGCCAGUUUUACAAAAGCAGAAUGGAAGGGUUGCCAUUGUUACUGGGGGCACAAGAGGCAUGGGCUAUGAAACUGCGAGACAGCUGGCAAGACUUGGCAUGCAUGUUGUUAUCGCUGGGAAUGAGAAAGAAGAGGGAAUAGCUGCUGCAAGGACAAUUCAGACAGAAUGCAAGGAGGGAAAAGCUGAGUUUGUCUUUGUGGACCUGACUUCCCUGAAAUCUGUGCGACAGUUUGUUGAAACAUUCAAAGGCAGAGAUCUUCCUCUCCAUGUUUUAGUCAACAAUGCUGGUACUAUGCUAGUUCCUGAGAGUCAGACAGAAGAUGGCUUUGAGUUCCACUUUUGUCUCAACUACCUUGGACACUUCCUACUAACCAACCUACUGCUAGACUUACUGAAGAAAUCAGGAAGACCAGGCUGCUGUUCCCGAAUUGUCAACAUGUCAUCUGCAACUCACUAUGCUGGGGUUAUACAAAUGGAUGACCUCAACAGGAGGGCUUCCUACAGUUCCCAUGGUGCCUACGCCCAAAGCAAGCUAGCAUUGGUCCUCUUCACCUACCAUCUGCAAGAGCAGCUGAUGGCCAGUGGUUUCUCAGUGAUAGUCAAUGCUGUGGAUCCAGGAAUGGUGGACACGGCGCUCUAUGACAACCUAUGGAGCCUUGCUCAGGCUCUCAAAAAGCCAUUUGCCAAGAUUUUAUUCAGGACUCCUGCAGAGGGAGCCGCAAUAACAGUUUAUGCUGCUGCUGCCUCCGAGAUGGAAGGGGUGGGUGGCUGCUACCUUUACAAUGGCCAGAAGAGGCAAUCAGCACAAACAUCCUAUGAUACUGAGCUUCAGGCAGACUUGUGGAAAAAGAGCUGUCACCUCACAGGCCUUGACACGGCCUGAUCGACACAAUGUUUUAAGUAGGUUUACUCUAUGUUCCAAAGCUUGACUUAGGACGUCAUCACCAUCACUCUGUCUGACAAAGUAAUAUAUGCCUUUUAACCAUAUUUUAUAAGCAACUGUCAGAGUCUAUAAUGAAUAAAUGCCUUAAUCAAUA